AUGUCGAUUCAGGACCUCGCUAUGCUGAAAAAACAGCAUGGGCUUAUCAAAGCUUCCUGCACGCGUGUCAAAACGUACGUAGAUUCAAUAGGUCAGCCUUCUGCAUUAGUAAUCGCUCAGCUCGAGGAGCGUAAAAGCAAGCUAGAAAAUUCCUGGAUUGAGUACAACACCGUACAAACCAGAUUAGAGCUCGCCGAUGAUGCCGAGGCCAGCGAUCGCAUCGCUUUCGAAGAGGCAUUCUAUUCUUUAGCCGCCAGAAUAAGAGAAUUAACCGCUUCAGCGCCGCCAGCACGCGGGUCAGGCGCGGUCUCGUCGUCCACCGCUGACUCGCGGGGGGCGCCUGAAUCGGUAUCUCACGUGCGACUUCCAAAAUUAAGUCUUCCGAGUUUCUCGGGCAAGUACGAUGAGUGGUUCCCAUUCCGCGAUAUGUUCAACUCUGUCAUACAUCUCAAUUCCGCGCUCAGUAACGCACAAAAACUGCAGUACCUCAAAUCGUCGGUUAUCGGCGAAGCAAGUAACAUUAUCUGUUCGUUGGAACUGUCCGACGCCAAUUACGAAGUCGCGUGGUCGCGUCUCAGGGAGCGUUACGAUAAUCAACGCGUCGUCAUGCAAAAUCACAUUAGAGCCAUAAUGGAGCUACCUUCACUAGCUAAGGAAAAUUAUAUCGAAUUACGACAAAUCGCGGACGGAGCCGCGAAACAUUUACAUGCGCUUCAAGCCUUGAAGCGACCAUGCGACAAAUGGGACGACAUAUUAAUUGUCAUUUUGACUUCGAAACUCGAUUCGCGCACGGCCCGUGAGUGGCAGUCCUCCUUGACGGGAGCCGAGCUGCCCACUCUUAAACAGUUUGUUCUGCUCCGGGUGCAAGGGUGCCGCUCAGGGCACCGUUUGUAG